AGUUUAUUUUUAUUUCAAGUGCCGAAGUGCGUGAAUUUUGGUGAAAAGUUAAAGAUCACAACAUCGGACUCUCGGAGAGAAUUACCUAGUUGUGCUAACUUCAGGUGCAUUGUUUUAAGACCGCGCAUGCCGUGCAUUACUGAACACCUGCAACAAAAAUGGCCAGCUUAACACAAAAUUCGAGUGGUUUUCUCGCUAAAUUAUCGGCAUUAGUUGGUGCUCCCGAAGAUGCCCUUUGUCUUCUCAUGUCCAUUCUCUUAGGUUUUCCAUUAGCAUUAAUUCAUAGGUACACACUUUAUGGUCAAGAUCCAGUUAGUCAACAUUUAUUUUUCAUCGUUUCCGGAGUACUGCUAGGUUUUUGGAAUUACGGUUGGAGUAUACUUCAUCCGAUAAUUACAGUCUGUGCAACUUACGCAAUCAUUAAAAGACUUGGUAGUACAAAACAAUGCCUUCAAGCAUCUUUUUUAUUCAACAUGGGCUAUUUAUUUUACGGCUAUUUAACAACAAGCACAGAAGAUUACGAUAUUAAAUGGACAAUGCCACAAUGUGUACUCGCUCUUAGAUUAAUUGGUCUUUCAUUCAAUGUGUGGGAUGGUUCCAAACCCGAUAGUGAAUUGUCUGCAUUUCAAAAGCAAACCGCCCUUAAAGAGCAACCCUCUUUUCUGGAAAUUGCCGCAUUUUCCUUCUUCCCAGGAUCAUUUUUAGUCGGUCCUCAAUUUAAUAUGAAAAGAUAUCAAGAUUACGUCAAUAAUCGUCUCAUUGCUACGGAUGGAAAUAGUCAAAAGUUACCAGACUGCAUAAUUCCUGGUAUUCAACGUUCAUCGCUUGGAUUUGUCUAUUUGGCGCUCUAUCAAAUUGGAAAUCAAUUCUUCCCUGAAAAAUAUUUACUGAGCGCAGACUUUGAAAAUUUGAAUUUCGUUCAACGUUGUUUCGGUGUUGGAAUUUGGGGACGUAUUAAUUUAUAUAAAUACAUUAGUUGCUGGCUCAUGACCGAAGGAGUGUGUACUGCUUUUGGAUUAACUUACAACGGAAAGGAUUCUUCUGGUCAUUUAAAAUGGGAUGGCUGUGCAAAUGUGGAAUUACUGACAUUUGAGAAUGCAACUCAAUAUGAUCAUUAUAUUCAGUCGUUUAAUAUUAAUACAAAUCAUUGGAGCGCAGAAUAUAUUUACAAGAGACUCAGGUUUCUUGGAUCAAAGCUUUAUAGUCAAGUAGGAACUCUUGCCUUCCUUGCCGUAUGGCAUGGCUUCCAUUCUGGUUAUUACAUGUGCUUUAUCAUGGAGUUUAUUAUUAUGUACUUCGAGAAAGAUAUGGUACCAAUUUUGAUGAAGCACGAACAACUUCAAUUACUGGUGAAAGAAAAUUUCGUCGCGAGGUUCGCUUUUUGGAUUCUUUUGAAGGUUUAUACGUUAAUUUUCAUGGGCUAUGCGAUCGUACCCUUUGUCUAUCUUUCAUAUCCAAAAUAUAUGCAGGUUUAUCGUAGCAUAUAUUAUUGCGGUCAUGUGAUAUUCUUUAGCUAUCCUUUACUAGCGCCUUUUAUUAAGAAAGCAAUUCGUCAAAGUCGUCCCAGAUCGCAUCAAGAAUAAAGAAAAAAAGAAAAAAAAAUUGUUAAAAAUUAUAAAUUUUGAGACGAUGUACAGUUAUAAUUUUGGAAAAUAUUCUUCCAUAAAAUAUACCGAGAUGAAGACGAUUUUAUUCGAUUUUUAUUACUUAGCAAAGCAGUAGUUGAAAAUGUGCACUAUAUAUUAAAGUCUUUUCGUCCUCAUCAAUUUUAAUGUAUCUUGUGAAAGAUGCAUUUUAGAUGAAAGGUAGUUCCGUGAUAUCGAAGACUGAUACUUGUUUUUUUUUCUUCUUCUUAAUUUUUAAACUUAAUACUUUUUCGUCUUCGUGCAGUCCAAUUAUUACAGAGUUAUAUGUAUAGAAAUAUUUUCGGAUUUAAAUGAUACCGACAUUGUGAAAUCCGAAGAAAAAAUUGAAAAAAAUAAUUAUUGACAAAUAAUUAAUAAUAAACACAAUUUCAAUUAAAAACGAAUGAGAGGAAAAUAUGUAUGAAUUGGAAAUCGUAAAUUUUACCAUUUCAAAACUUAAUUUUUCCAUUUCAAAGUCUAAA